CGGGGCUGGGGCUCAGCUGGCCUGCCUGGCUCUGGGCGGCGGGCCUCCCAGCCGGGGACUCUGCGCCUGCGCCCGCCCGGCCGCUGCCCGCUCUCCCGGCGCCGCCGUGGUCCCGGCUGCGGCGCGCCGCCUGGGUGUCUGGGCGAUCCAUGGGCAGCGGCGAGGGCCACGAUGACAGACUACGGCGAGGAGCAGCGCAACGAGCUGGAGGCUCUGGAGUCCAUCUACCCCGACUCCUUCACAGUAUUAUCAGAAAACCCUCCUAGUUUCACCAUUACUGUGACAUCCGAGGCUGGAGAAAAUGAUGAAACUGUCCAGACUACCCUCAAGUUUACAUACAGUGAGAAAUACCCAGAUGAAGCCCCCCUUUAUGAAAUAUUCUCCCAGGAAAAUCUAGAAGAUAAUGAUGUCACAAGCAUCUUAAAAUUAUUAGCAUUACAGGCAGAAGAAAACCUUGGUAUGGUGAUGAUCUUUACUUUGGUAACAGCUGUCCAAGAAAAAUUAAAUGAAAUAGUGGAUCAAAUAAAAACUAGAAGAGAAGAAGAAAAGAAACAAAAAGAAAAAGAAGCAGAAGAAGCCGAAAAGCAAUUAUUUCAUGGCACUCCUGUUACAAUUGAGAAUUUCUUAAGUUGGAAAGCCAAGUUUGAUGCAGAACUCUUGGAAAUUAAAAAGAAACGAAUGAAAGAAGAAGAACAAGCAGGAAAAAAUAAAUUAAGUGGGAAACAGCUAUUUGAAACUGAUCAUAAUCUUGACACAUCUGAUAUCCAGUUCUUGGAGGAUGCUGGAAACAAUGUGGAAGUAGAUGAGUCUUUGUUCCAGGAAAUGGAUGACUUGGAGCUGGAGGAUGACGAGGAUGAUCCAGACUACAAUCCUGCUGACCCAGAGAGCGACUUGACCGAUUGAUGGGCCAUCCCAUCUGCCGAGGCUUGACUGCCACAGCAUCUGUGGUUAUGCCGAGAGGGUGUUGAUUUUCCUUCCUUUUUUUCUAAGAAAAAAACAAUUUUCAGGAGAAUAUUCUUCUGAAAGCUUUCAUCAAUGAACUAAUAAACUGACCUUAAAAUUUCAAAUAUAAAA